AUGCCAGGGGAAAUUUGCGGGCCGGGCUAAAAAUGACCCUGCUGGUGAGAAAUGAGAAUAUGGUAAACCGAGUAGCCGUUGUUCCGCUACCGGUGAGUCGGUGACCGGUGUUCCAAACUUCCGUAGUCGUCUUCCGUAGUCGUCCAUUACUUUUUAAAUUUCGCGCUUUCUGGUAGUCUCACUCUACGGUCUACACGGGCUAAUCCCGUUCUCAUUCGUUACUGUCCAUCGAAAAUUCUGAUGCUUGCUCGUUCUCUAUGCAGACAGCAGGCAGGCAGCAUCACUUGGGCCCUCUUCAUUGCCAAUAGUAUAUUAGUUAUUUUACAGAGAUGCAAGUAAAGCUUCCAUUGCAAUGAACAUGGAAGAACAUGUUUGGGGCAAAUACGAACAGUAUAUCGCACUGCAUACUGCCCAACCUGCCAACACACGGCGUCACUAUGUUCAAGCCCUAGCCUCUGCCAGGGCUCUUAUCCUUAACCCUUCUACAUCCGACCACACCAUCUCUUGCAUUCUCGAAACCCUAGUUCGCUCUCUGCAAUACGAACCAGACCCUCUCCUGCUUCAUCAUGUCCUCAAACUCCUAUCUGACAUUGCUCUCCAUCAUCGACACCUCUCGUUUUCCAUCUUCAACACCAUCCGUGCCCAUGAAGCGGGUCAUAAAGAUUCCAAUGGUCUUGCCGUGGAAGUCCUCAGUGUGCUUUUCACGAUUGCAGAGCACGAUCAUAGCUUGGCGACAGCCAUGUAUGACCUUGAUGAGAAUUUUGUCCUCUCGCUCUUUCUCAGUCCUGUUACUACUAGGAGGUCAUGGCUUCUCACGAAUAUCAGUCGAUUUCACAUUAAGCAAUCUUUCUUGAUUACUUUGUUCUUGGCGUUUAUGAAGGACCCUUAUCCUUUCGUGAGGAGUUCUGCUUUGGUUGGCUUACUGGGUUUAAGCAAGUCCGUAGACGGUAAGGAGUAUGCCGUAGUUAAGGAAUGCUAUGGCUGUGCGAUGGAGCUUCUUCAUGACAUAGAUGAACGUGUAAGGUCGGCUGCAGUUCGUGUGAUCAGUGAUUGGGGACAAGUUUUAGUAGCACCAAAUGAUGAAGCAAAUAAAAGAGAUUGGUAUGAUGUAAUUUUUGUUCAGCUUUGUUCUAUGGUAAGAGAUAUGAGUGUGGAGGUGAGAAUUGAAGCUUUUGUUGCACUUGGGAAAUUAGAGCUGGUUUCUGAGGAGUUGCUAUUACAGAGCCUGUCUAAGAAAACACUUGCUGUUAUAAAAGAAAAGAAAAUAUUUUUCCAGUGCCAUGAAAAAGAACUUGAGUUAUCAAAAUCAAGUGCUGCUGGGGCAUUUGUACAUGGCCUUGAGGAUGAAUUCUAUGAGGUACGGAGAUCAGCUUGUAAUUCCUUGGGGAUGCUCUCUAUCUUCUCUCUUCAGUUUGCAAGUGAUGCCUUAGACUUGCUGGUGGACUUGCUGAAUGAUGAUUCAACUGUUGUUCGGUUACAAGCUUUGGAAACAAUGUAUCAUAUGGCAAAAUGUGGUUGUUUAAGGGUGCAAGAAACACACAUGCACAUGUUGCUUGGCACACUAGUUGAUACUAGUAGCUUAAUCAGAUCUGCAGCUAGAAAAAUAUUUCGAAUAAUGAAGCUGUCUGUAAGGGCAAUGUUUGCAUCCAUAAUUAGUGGCCUUUUGAGCAAUUUGAGAACAUAUCCGCAGGAUGAAGCUGAUAUCUUCCCCUUAUUAUUUGAUAUUGGUAGAAAUCAUGGGAACUUUGUGGUCAGCUUUAUAAAGGAGGUCAUUCAAGAGAUGGAGCCUUCCUGUGAAGGAGAAUUACGUUUUGAUAGUGCAAAUGUAGCUGCAUUGUUGGUGUUAGCCAUCUCAGUACCUCUUUCACAUGAACAUAGUGCCUGCAACAUUCCACUAAGAAUAUUUUCCUAUGGACUUCCUUUUCUGGGAAGGAUCUCUCGCUCAUUGAGUGAUUCUACAAAUCGAGAUGCCAUUUUAGCUUACUUGUUUCACUGCAGUGGAUCCAUUCUACCUCUUGUCACAGAGUUGAACUUUAGGGGAAAUGAGCUUGUCUUGCCCGUUGCUGAAGGUGGUGGCCCAAGUCACAGUGAUCAUGAGGGAGCUAAUCCUCUAGAAGUUUUCUUGCAACAAAUCAGUAACUGUGGUAAUAGCUCUGAUGCUCAAUCUAUGUAUGUCCCAAGUCAUGCAUCAACCGAAUUUGAAGAAUGGGUCACAGUCUCUGUGAAACGUAUUUUUAAAGUAGUUGCAGAAACUUGGCCAUACAUACAGUCAGGAUGCACCACUGAAGUACUAAGGACAUUAAGGAACUGCAAGGAAGAGCUGGCUACAAUUACCACUAAUUCACUUGGAUCUUUUGAUGUUUUGGCCUUUACAUCCCAAUAUCUUCAAGUAAUCCAACUGCUAGCAAAGAUAUGGGAACAUUUUCUGCCAAAGAAAAUGUUCCAAUUUUAUGGAGUUGGAAGGUUGGAUCUUUUAUUGGAGAAACUAGAAUCUGGUCUCAGCGGAUUGAGACACAAGUUCUCAGGUUUGAGCAUAGAAGAAGAAUUUCAUGUCUUAGAACUGAUACUUUUGACUUGUGUGUUGAGAUUGUGCAAGGUUGAAAUAUGCUGUCACCUUAUCACACUCAAUAGAUUGUAUACUACAAUGUCCUCUAUAGAACUUCUUUGUGGGAAAGGAACUCUUGAACCCUCCAAUUUUGUUAAAGAACUACAGAAAUUGCUCCUUCAGUUGGGUCCCUUGGGUGAUGGAGCUUCAUACGAUCCUUUGAGUUUUAAGAGGUUACUUGAAUUCUUCUCCCUCAAGCAGGUUGUAUACAAUGGACGAUUCAAGCAUAUGAAAGCAGAACUAGAUAUCCCUAGUAAUGACUCUGAAAACCCUCUUCAUUUUGUAUCAGGAUUGCCUGUGGGCAUUCCAUUCCAGAUUUCUCUAUAUAAUAUUUCAUUAGAGGACAAAUUGUGGAUAAUGAUGGCUGUAGAGAAUUCGAUUCAAUAUGCCUUUCUAGAUUUGGAACAAUUUGGAGGUUGUGAUGAGGUCAGGACAGUCACACUUAGUGUUCCCUUUUACAGGACUCCAAACGUGGUCUCUUUCUCCUUGAGAGCAACUGUAGGUAGAGAAUACACCUCUCAUGAUGUUCACUUGGUGAAAGGUGGGGUGGGGCCAAAACAUGAACUCGCAUUUCUUUGUGAGGAAAAAGUGAUUUAUCUGGUUAAUACUUCUAUAGAUUGAUUGUAUAAGAUUGAUACUUGGAUAGGAUGAAGUUGAAGAGAUGAUUCCCUCUGCAUGUGCUAUGCAUUACACUCAUGCAAAUAGAUUGUGGACCACUGGGCUCUGUUACAAAGUUGAUUCAUUUGUUUGAUCAUAUAUUCAAGUGAGAUCCAAUCUUCUCUUGAGGUGUUGCAGUUCCCAUGAAGUUGCUGAAAUGGCCAGCUGUGUUCUGUUUGCCCUAAGUCAACAACACAAAACAGAGGUCUGUCUAUUGUCUUUUCACCAUGUAUUCAAGAAUCCGCUCUAGCUAAUUAUGUCUAUUGAUGUGCAUGUGGAAGCAUCAGUAGUGUGCCAUCUUAUUGCCAAAUGCUACAUCAGCAUUCAGGUCACCAUGGGAAAAAUAAAUUGAGAUCCGUGCUUUCAAGGAAUAAGAGACAGCAUUUUGGAGCUGAUGUGGUUAAUCUUCAGAAGUUCGAAGUACUGAUCUGAACCGAAACUCUGGCGAUGGUGACGAGUUUUUCCGCUGCAGACCAGAUCAAACACAAGGUUUAGUGGUGCGAUGCGAUAUUGCCUGUCCUAAGAACUUACUGCAGCAGAGUACACUCUCUUCAAAGAUUGGUCCGCCCCCAUUCUAC